CUUCACUUUUCGCACCGCCCCCCAUUGAUCUUAUUUACCCUUGGCUUUUACCCAACUUCACCUCGGCCUGCUUUGUUUGGUAGCUGUACGUAACCUUUACCACGGAUACUCCUUCUCCUCGCCUUCUCUUCCUCUUCCACUUCAACCUCAACACCUACCACAACCUAUCCCUGCUACUCUUGGCCGCAACCCUCGACUUCUCUGCUUUCCACUAUUUAUCUUCAAUGGCAGGCGUCUGUUUUCAUAAACAGUAUAUCCAUACUAACAAGCUUGUGACAGAACCCACCUGUCCCCAUCAUCAAUGGCUCUUUCUUCCAACGCCCGCCCCAACGGCGGUGCCACUGUAGCUGGUCGUCUUCAGAAGGAACUCAUGGACAUCAUGACCAAGCCGACCCCCGGCGUCACCGCCUUCCCCGACGACGAGAACAUGACCAAGUGGACUGCCACCAUCUCCGGCCCGGAUGACACUCCCUAUGCCAACCUGGUCUUCAAGCUCUCUAUGGAGUUUGCUAACAACUACCCCUACGUUCCCCCCGUCGUUCUCUUCAAGACCCCGAUCUACCACCCCAACGUCGACUUCUCGGGCCGCAUCUGCCUCGACAUCCUCAAGGACAAGUGGAGCGCCAUCUACAACAUUGGAAGUGUGCUUCUGAGCCUCCAGAGUCUCUUGGGAGAGCCAAAUAACUCGAGCCCUCUCAACGGCCAAGCAGCAGAGCUCUGGGAUAAGGAUCCCGCCGAGUUCCAGCGUCUCGUCCUCGCCCGUCACAAGACACCCGAGGAGCUCGAUGCCAAUGCCGUAUAAUGUGGUUGCUGGCCGCUCUACAUUCUCAGGCUUCUCUCGAUGCCCAAUUAUGACAUUGCACGCGACAUCAUAUCUUUCUGCAAGCACGUGCUGGCUUGGCGUUGGAUACCCAGGCGUACCGGGAGUGGGGAUUUGUUUUUUAAUGCAUGCCAGCGAUCAUGGAUGGCGAAUUUCAUUUCAGGAUCGGGUCUUGCAGGUCUGGCGGUCUGGCUGGUUGCCUGGAAACAAUGGUGAAGGGUGUUUCGAAAGAACAACGCCUCUAUGGAUACACCACGUUACCGAAUAGUCUCCAGACACAUUGCAUCACUAGGAAUUCAAAUGAU